UGUAUUUAACAUUUCAUGUCAACGUAUGUCAAAUGUCAAACAUAACCUUAUAAACAAAAUUACAAACAAUUCCUCGAUUCUGUAUGAAUUCGUGUUGUAAUUAUGUAGUAAUUAAUUAAAAAUAGAAAAUUUGUUUUAACAAUGUCCUCCCCUGUGGUUUCUCCCACACCCCCACAGAAAAAACACAAGAAACAUAAAAGUGAGAAAAGAGAAAAAGAUGAUAAACCCGGUCUAAAGUUGAUAUUAAAAGUAGGUUCACAAACGACCCCCGAACACAAUCCUGAUUUUGGUACUGGUCUACCUUUAGUAGGGGAACGAAUGGAAGAACAGAUGCAAAUCGAUCCCAAUGAUCCGUAUUUCGCACUCUCCAGAUCACACCACAAAAAAUCCAAGAAGAAGAAAAAGAAAAAGGAUAAAAAUAAGGAUAGGGAAAAAAGACACAAGCAUCAUCAUAAAGAUAAGAAGAGAAAAAGGGAAGAAAACGAGGAAAACGAAGAUUUAAUGGUAUACCCACAAAUAGGAAGUCCUGGCAGAGAACAAAGAACAUGUGUUAUUAAAAAACUACAAGAAAGGACACCUCUUUCUAAAGGAUUGGAUCAUUUAUUGACACAAUUAGAAAAAAAAGAUCCGCAAAAUUUCUUUGCUUGGCCUGUCACAGAAAACAUUGCUCCAGGAUAUACUUCUAUUAUAACAAAUCCAAUGGAUUUUAGUACCAUGAGGCAGAAAAUCGAGGAAAAUCAAUACUCUUAUUUGGAUCAAUUCAUUGAAGAUUUCAAAUUGAUGUGCACUAAUGCAAUGAAGUAUAAUCACGUGGACACAGUGUAUUAUAAAGCCAGUAAAAAGUUGCUGCAAGCUGGAUUGAAGAUGAUGGUACCAGAAAAACUCGGUUGGAUGUUGAAUUUAGUACCGGAAAUAACCAGUGAAGAUGUUGGCUUUGAAAUAACAGCAGAAUUAAGAGCAGUUAAACAUCAAGAAGAUCAUGAAGAUAGCGAUCACGCACAUGAAACAAAAAAAAAGAUGCCUGCUACUAAAUUUGAACCUAUACCUGAAGAUUUAACACCAGAAGAGAUAUUAACUAAGUCUCAAAUAGCUGCAAGAACUGCUAGAGCAAAACUAUUGAUGAAGCGUAAUAGUACAAAUAUGGGAUUUUUGAAGCAAAAGAAAGAUGGAACAACUCACUUGAAUAUUUUAGUGGGUGGUGAUGGGGUAAUUCCAGGUACUAAGAAAAGACCUAUUCUUUUGGGACAGUUGUGUGGGAAACUUUCUGAAGGUACAAGUCAAUUGCAAGGGUUUAGGGAAGAUAGAAGAAACAUUGCUAAACCUAUUAAACCUUUAUAUUAUGGAGCCUUUGGAUCCUAUGCUCCAAGUUAUGAUUCUGCAUUUGCUAACCUUAGUAAGGAAGAAAGUGAUUUGGUUUAUCACACUUAUGGUUCAGAUACAGCUGUUCAGUAUGCAGAAAGUGUCCAAGAUUUUGUAAAAGAUUCUGAUUAUGCAACACAUUUAGUGGAUUCUUUGCUUGAUCUUCUUACAGGCGGCGAUCAUUCCAAAACGAAGAAGAUACUCGAAGAUAAUAAAACUCUUAGAGAAGAAGAACAAGCGGUUAAAACUAUGCUGGAGGUUAAACCGAUUGACGCAGUUAAAGUUAACGUCGACGAUUUGAAGAGUUUACAGAAUUUGGGUAUCGAUGUCAAGUUUUUGGAUAACAUGGACGACGAAAUUCGAUUAGCAGAAGAACGCCACGAGAUGCAACAACGAUUGGAUGGCAUGUAUCAUUUAUUGGAGAAACUCCAAAAUUCUCAAUAUCAACGUCUCUCGGCUCCUCCACCUUCCAAUCUCAACAAUUGUCCGCCUCCGACUGAAGAUGAAACGCAAGUAGCUGAAACUAUUACUGAUAAUCUAGCUGAAAUAGCCAAGAGAGUGAAUCCUGGUGAUGUGGCGCCCAUCGCUGGUAUUAGAAAGGCAUUAGGUGUACCCAUGCCCGAUGUUCAUAGCACAGAGGUUGUUAACAUUGAUCUUGAAUCGGAAUUGAGACAAUUCUUAGAGAGCGAACCGAAUUUGACGCAAAGUCCAUUAAGAGAUGAUAAGACGAUUGAGGAAAUUCUGAUGGAAUGAUUUAGGUUAAGGUGUAAUGUUUUUAAUAAAUAAUAAAACUAUUCAUUAAUGUGUAUAA